AUGUAUCCCUUCUUCAUGCAUCAUGACUGUCCCCAGCGAGUAUCCUUUACUAUUCCUGGGAGUGACUCCUGUCUAACUUUUCAUACUGGGAUCACUCCCCUGCUGCCCUCUAGCAGCCAAGCUCAGAUGAGCUCCAUUGUUACUCUAGGUGUGCCCAUCUCUUUGGUGGGGAAGGAGAAAGUUGGUUUUGCUAGAGAGGCAAUUCAUAAGGUGAAGUCCUGUUCAUGUGAGGGGCGCGGGCCCGCGCUCACCCCCACGCCUCGGGCGCCAGGCGCCGCCGUGUGGGCCGGGCGGGGACGCCUCCCGGGUCCGCGCCAGCCACGGCUCCAGGCCCUAAGCUCCGCCCCCGGCGCGCGUCUCCCGGCAGCGGCCCGGCACCUGGCAGACGCGCGGCGGCGGCGGCGAGCGGUGGCGCUCGGCUCGGGCGGCGGCGGCGGGGGAGGGCGCGGCGCACCGAUGGGCGCCACUGAGAAGGGAGGCCAGAAGAGCCGGAAGCUGUUUUCCUUGCGGCGGCCGUGGAAGGCGACCCGGCGGCUGUGGAGGCCGCGCUCAGCUCGCCAGGCGGGGCAGGAAGUACAGGACAACAAAACAUGUCUGGGAGUCAGAAAUGGCUUGAUGUUCCCCAGUUUGAGUGCCUUGCAGUAUGUAUAUCUACAGGCCUUGUUCAAUAAGGAGAUAAUCUGGAUUAUGGCCCUCAGGCACACUGCAAAAGUGAUUGAAAUAAGGACAGCAAGAGAAAACCAUGUAAGAUGAGAAGAAAGCACAGCUGGCUUCGUGAGUGGUUAUUAUUGAGUCGAGAAUUUUUGGCAAAAGUAACACGUGGAGAGUCAUUUUUUGAGUGGAAGGAGUCUGAAGAGAGGGUAGGAACCAACCUCCUACUACCCA